CCGAGCCGGCCGGGGAGCGCGCAGAGGCAGUGGCCGGGCCCCGCGCGCCCCGCGCACCCCGGGAAUCGCGGGCCCGGGCCGGGGGGCUCCGCCUCGGGCGCCUCUCCCCGCCUGCGCUCGAGCCCCUGCAGGCAUGCGCCCCUCGCCGUGACCCCCGCGUGGGGAGAGCCCGGGGGUCCAUGCUCCGACACCCCCGGCUGCCCCGGGCCUGCCGCUGACGGCGCUGGGGUGGGGGACCAGGACCCCGGCCUCCUGCCCCCGGACGGACCCCGGAGCUGCAGCCCAUGGCCCGGAGGUACGAUGAGCUGCCCCAGUACUCAGGCAUUGUGGAUGGCACCCCAACCGUGGCCAGCUUCUCAGAGGUACCUGGGGGCCCCGGGCCUUAUGGCCCCCGCCGGCCACCCCCACACCCCAGCUUGGAUAGCGACGGCCUGAAGAGGGAGAAGGAUGAAAUUUAUGGACACCCCCUCUUCCCACUGCUGGCCCUAGUCUUCGAGAAGUGUGAACUGGCCACGUGCUCCCCCCGGGAUGGGGCCAGCGCUGGGCUGGGCGCACCACUGGGCAGCGAUGUCUGUUCCUCGGAUUCCUUCAAUGAGGACAUUGCCGCCUUUGCCAAGCAGGUCCGCUCCGAGAGACCCCUCUUCUCCUCCAACCCAGAGCUGGACAAUCUGAUGAUCCAGGCCAUUCAGGUGCUCAGGUUUCACCUCCUGGAGCUGGAGAAGGUCCACGACCUGUGCGACAACUUCUGUCACCGCUACAUCACCUGCCUCAAGGGAAAGAUGCCCAUCGACCUGGUCAUCGAGGACAGGGAUGGCGGCGCCUACAGGGACGACCUGGAUGACUACCCUGUGGCCUGCCCCGGCCUCCCCGAGCAGAAUAACACGUGGAUCAGAGACCAUGAGGACAGCGGAUCUGCAAAUUUGGGGACCCCCGGUCCCUCCAGUGGGGGCCUGGCUUCUCAAAGUGGGGAUAACAGCAGUGACCAAGGAGAUGGGCUGGAUGCCAGUGUGGCCUCCCCCAGCUCUGGAGGAGAAGAUGAGGAUCCAGACCAGGAGCGGCGGCGGAACAAGAAGAGGGGGAUCUUCCCGAAGGUGGCCACCAACAUCAUGAGGGCCUGGUUGUUUCAGCAUCUGUCGCACCCGUACCCGUCGGAGGAGCAGAAGAAGCAGCUGGCACAGGACACGGGACUCACCAUUCUGCAAGUGAACAACUGGUUCAUCAAUGCCCGGAGACGCAUCGUGCAGCCCAUGAUUGAUCAGUCCAACCGCACAGGGCAGAGUGCCAGCUUCAGCCCUGAGAGCCAGCCCAUGGGAGGCUACACUGAUACUCAGCCGCCACAUGUGUCCAUCAGGCCGCCUGGAUCCAUGGGCAUGAGUCUGAACGUGGAAGGGGAGUGGCACUACCUGUAGGGGCUGGAUUCAGGACAUGUACCCCAGCCAUGGACUCUGACCACCAGGCCCCACGUGGAUUGUGUCCCCAACCUUCCCUCUGGCAUCCGGGCCCUGCCUCUGAAGGUCCCCGAUACUCAGAACCUACCUCCCUGGGGUCUUGCCUGGAUGGGGGGGGGGUGCUGAGCGCCCUCUGGAGGGUGCUCAAGGACAAAGACCAGGCCUCCAGGUCCUGCACCCCAAUUCUGCCCUCACUCCUGAACGUGCCAGGAAAGACCCUGGGCCCUGGGUCUCCAGGAAGUUGGUGGCUGGGACGCUGCUUCCAGGACAGAGACAGGGUCGGGGGUGGGCUGGUGCCACCAAGCAAGGAGGGUCCUGGCACUUGGGCGACGGUCCCUUGGUCCUGCUGGCCCACCCCCUGUGCUCUCCCUACCUCCUGUCUUUGAUGGCUUUGAGCUUUUUUGUAAGGAUAAAGUCUUAGGAAGAAAA